AAUAUGGGAUAUUGUAGUCUUGUAGAUUAUUAGAUUUAUUUUUAAAAGUUAUAUUUCACUCAUCACUGGUUGUGAUUGUAUUUACCAUUAAAGAUAGGUUCAAUUAGAAUACUAUUUAGUGUUACAUGAAUAUUUAAUUUAAUCUUAAAAUAAACCUUACAAUUUUAGUUGAAAAUCUUUGAGUGAUUAGUAUUGCAGUUUCAAUUCGAAAGAAAGUUUAUAUUAUGAAAUAUGACUACUGCUCUAAUGAAGUAUAUUAUUUCCUUGCUUUUCCUCUUAGUAGUAUCUGUAUCAUCAAGAAUACACAAGCUGCCUCUGACGGAUGAUGAGCGUCAUUAUGUUGAUUUGACCACCUUUGGGUUCUUUCAAGGAGGAAUAUUAGAUGUCCACAUGAUAAAUUUUAAAUUGCCUUCUGGUCCUGUUCUAGGAAAGUAUGGGUUUACACUGGACCGGACCGUCAAUGAUGCCAUUAAUCCAUAUCUGGAAGUGCAUUCUGACAUCUGUAUCCUUAAAGGAGUGGAGAAAAGCAGUACCCUUCUGUCUCCACACCACCCUGCUAUUGUUUUUCUACAUUUAGACUUCACAAAUAUGAGAUUAAACAUUACCUGUGAAGGUGAAGUAACAGCAUUACAUCUGUAUCAAAAUAGAUCUAUGAUUCCUAUGGAUAGAAGCAAAGGACAGUCACAAUAUAUGUUUUUGAAUAGGCAAAGAAGGGCUUUUUCAAUUGAUACUACCGGAAAAACACCUGCGCCACAGUGUUCAUAUGCAGUACUACCCAUAACAAAGGAGACAAGGAAUGGCUUUGACUACUAUAAUACUAGUUUCGCAAUGUAUGUAGCUUCUGAUAAGGAGGAAGGAUUAUAUAAUUUAUAUUUCCACAACUGUCCAUUUGAAGGAGGACCACCAGUACCUAUCAAUACUGUUAUCGAAAUAUAUGAGAGCAAUGAUGGAAGUUUUCUUUCGGCUGGUGAGAUGCCUCUACCAGCAUUAUAUAGUAUGAUGUCCUUAAUAUUCCUUCUCAGUGCCGGGUUCUGGACAUUCAUAUUGAAAACAAGUCGACACAAAGUAUAUAGAAUCCAUAUAAUUAUGUGUGUUCUUGUGUAUUUGAAAGCCAUGUCAUUAGCGUUUCAUGGAAUUAAUUACCACUUCAUACAAACAAGAGGAGAGCAUGUUACAGCGUGGGCAAUAUUGUAUUAUAUAACACAUUUGUUAAAAGGAGCCGUUUUGUUUGUUACCAUCGUUCUGGUAGGGACGGGAUGGAACUUUAUAAAGCAUAUUCUGGCCGACCGCGAUAAGAAGAUAUUUAUGAUUGUGAUACCAUUGCAGGUUGUAGCGAAUGUUGCCGAGAUUAUAAUAGCGGAGAGCGAAGAAGGUGCCGUCGAACAUAAUACUUGGAGGAUACUUUUUAUAUUUGUCGAUAUGAUUUGUUGCGGUGCUAUUAUGUUCCCAGUUGUUUGGUCUAUCCACCAUUUGGAGGACUCGUCAACGACUGACGGCAAAGCUGCCGUUAAUUUGCGUAAAUUGAAAUUAUUCCGGCAUUUUUAUGUGAUGAUACUGUGCUAUAUUUACUUCACGAGAAUCAUUGUCACUAUUCUUGAGAACACGGUGCCGUUCCAGUAUUCUUGGAUCGAUGAGAUGUUCAGAGAGAUGGCAACAUUUGUUUUCUUCGUAAUGACAGGCUACAAGUUCAGGCCUGCCUCUGCCAAUCCUUACUUCACGCCUGCUUACGAUGAUGUAGAGCCUAAAGUGAUUUCGGAUAUUGGAGUGCUCGAAGGUGUGACGAAUCGGGAAAGAAAACGUGAAGAUAUGCAGCCACUGAUGCAAGAUAACUCUGAUUAAUUUCAUUAAUGUAUUUAACAAUAGACAGCUGAACAGAACUUACUUGUUGUUGAGUCACACUUCUGAAUUAAUUUUUUUCUUUGAAUAUAGUUUUUUAUAUUGAUUAGCGGAUAAGAUAUAAUCUUUCUGGGAACCGUAUGGGACUUAGAAAUUUUUGGAAAGAACCAUUCCUAUGAUUGAGUUAGAAGGUAUAGCAAACUUAACUUGUUUUAACAAUAUGAAUUGAAAUAAGACGAUGGUUAUUUAAAUAUUACUUACACCACAAGUGCUCAAUGCAACAUAAAUGUUAGGAGGCUCCUAAUUGUUGUUUUUUCUUGUUAUUUACUUUAUUUAAAAUAAAACUAUUUAGAAUGUUCCAAGCAAUAUAAUUAAAUCACUAAUAAGUUUGUAAUAAAUUACACAAACUUUAAUAAAGGGCCAGCCACAAAUUACAUCACACCUUAAGGGGUAGGGAGUGGGUCGAUGAAGUGUGACGUUUUGUGACAAGGGGCGGGGACUAGUCCCAAAUUUUGUGACAUCAGUACUACAACAUUUUUAAACUUGGAAAUAUAAUUAAUUUUUACGUUUUGUUUAUUUUCAUGCCUCUGUUUGAUUUAAUAUUGAUUUUAUUAAAAAAUAAUUUAAAAACAAUUUCGGAACACGACUGUUUUAAUUACACAAAUUUCUAAAUGUAAAAUUGCGAGAUAUGUGACAUCAAACUAGGUAGGGGGUCUCACAAAUGUGACAACGUGUGACAAGGUUGGAGGAAGGUUCAAAAACUAUGAAAUUAGUGUGACGUAAUUUACGGAUGGCCUCUUAAAGUAUUAAAGUAAUAUAGACAUGACGUAUUUGCAUUCCUCUUAAUGUCGGUUUUAAAAGUAAAAUUUAAAUUAUAUUAUGCUCAUAAAUGUGAUGGUAACCUCUUUUGAUAUGACUUAGAAGUAAUUGAAAUCUCAUAAUAUGACAAAGAAACUUUAUACGAGACGGUGAUAUACUGAUUAACAUCGUAAUGUAAAAGUACGAUAACAUUAUGUAAUAUAUAUAACUCAAAAAAUUUAAUAGUAUAUAAAGAAUUCGAAUUUCGCUUUUAACGCCGAUUGCAUGUAUUUCAAUUUAUAUAACAUAGAUCUCAUAUCAUUAUAAAUAGAUGGUUUUAUAAUAAACCGAAUUUAGAAAAAUAAGGUUUUAAACCUCGUGUAAUAAAGGUUCAAUUUGAAACAUGUAAUAUUUCUUAUUAAAAUUUAAAUAUGCAAAUUAUAUAGUAGUAGUAUUUUUUUUAUCUAAAUACUGUGUUCAAUUUCAAUUUGUUCAAUUUAAAAUGUUGUCUUUAUUAUAUAAUAUUAAAUAUUUGUCACUUUUAGAUUGCUAAUCAGCUAUAAUUCCUCAUUUUCUUCCUUUCAAGUUAUAUACGAGUCUAUUGAAUAGGAAUAUCUGUAAAUCGUCAUAGAAAUUAUAUAAAGAGAUAUAAAAGAUGAGUUAAGUUAAGACAAGUUAAUCUUUAUACUAUUAUGUAUAUCAUUACAUAUAUAAACAUUAUUUAAUAAUCACUGUAAUUCAUAAUUAUGACCAUUACAAUAUACAUAUAUACAAUUGUUUAAUCUCUAUUGCCAAACAUGUAAACUCGCGAAUGUAACUCGAGAUCUAAAAUGUUAUCAAAGAAAUAUCACUGUAAAAAUGACAAUUCAGGGGAUAUCAACAUUUUUCUUGGUUUAGUUUAAGUAAAAAGAAAUAUUCAUAAUAAAAAUAAUGGAUUUUGUUUUUUAUUAACAAAUGUCUUUAUUUGAUAAAUCCUUGUACUUUUAAUUGUUACCAAACAUAAAAUAUAGAAUUUUAAAAUCUGGUGACUAAAAAUAACAAUCACUCUCUUAUUAUAAGCUGAUCCGUCGCCGAAUCAAUUACGUGGUCGAGAUCACACAUUCAUGUUCUUUUAUUAUAUUCUUUAAUAACGGAAUUCAUUUCUUUAAUAAUGUUCCAUCUACAAAAACUUCCUCGUUUUCUAUAUGGAAAAUUAGAUGACUUCCUUUUCCGGUUGGAACUUUUACAUAAUAUACUACCCUUUUUUAGUGUCGGCACUUCACUUAUACAUAUACCCCAUAACUUUAGAGUUAUAAUCUAUAGCUAAAAGGAAAAAAAAAGUCCUAAAAUCAUGUGUUCUAAAAUUCAUAUUAUGGGUGUAAAAAAUAUUUUUAAAUGUACGUUGGUGCCAAACUCACACUUACAAAGUUGAUCAGAGUAUAUAAAGAUAGUGACAUAUUUUUAUUGAUAUGUAGUUAAGUACAAUCAUUCAUAAUUUGAAGCUAGCGUUGCUAAUUUUCUCAUAGACGUGUGCGAUAUUGAUAUUUGAUAAUUAAUCCAAUUAUUUUGUUUGUAAGAUAAACGCAAAAACAUAAUUAAAAAAAAAUCAUACAUCAUUCAACACUUUGUUUAAAAGAGAGUAUUUAAUUACACUUUCGUUUUAUGGCUGAAAAAAAACAAAUUUUUCAACCUUCACCUUAAAUAUAGUUUGUAGGGCCUGUUUUAAAAGGCAGUGUGCAUUGGCAAUUCUACAUAGGUUCAUUUACUCAUAAACUCUCCGGUCUUUUUUGCGAAGUCUGCUAAAGACUCUUAGUUCAGGCAGAAAUAUGACCCUAGUCUCUGUUUAGGCGGUUACAGUGUGUCCUGUUUGGUCGACAAACGUGGCUCAGCUCCAAAGAUCCAGAUCCAAAGAGAUAAUUUUGUUAGUUGUUAAAAUAACAGUGAAAUAAAAUAAAAAUGAUAAAGAAAAUUUAACAACCAACAAAAAUUCAAUAACUACAACGGGAUAUUAAAAAGAGCAUAUUCAGCCACGGCAUCAGAAAAAGAAUGAACAAAAGAAAACGGCAAUUUGACAUAACUGUAACUACUUCCAAUGGGUUUUUUGGAGUAUUAUUAAUUACGUCUUUUAAUGGAGUGCUAUCUUUAGAGAAGCCAAAUGUUUAGAGCUCCUGUCUUAUUGCUAAUAUUAAAACAUUGUUUGCACAAUUCAAAUUCAAAAAUUUUCCAUUUAAUGUGCAAAUAAAAUAUAUUUUAUUUCAUAGGUAAAAUCAUAUGACACUUGAAAUAUUAUGUUAUUUUUUUCAUACAGCUCACUAAGAAGGCUGAUUUCCUUAGAGCAAACUGUUCGGAUGUAUUUAUCGUAUAUUACAAAAAGAAAACAUUACAAAAACAAGCGAUAUGCUAGUUCUUUUCGACAAACAAAAUGGGCAAGGCUAUUAUUGUUUUUAGUUGCCAACAUCAUUGCUUACAUUUUUGAUCUCGAAUUACAUUUCCUAGUAUUAUUUGCAAUAAUCGCUCAAAAAUGUUGUAGAUUUAAAUAUAACAUACUACAAUUAUAACUGUACGAAGGUCACACUAAAAGUUUUGUAAAAUGAACGUAAUCAUGUCACCUUUCCUUUUUAAGUAAGUUUGGCUCCACCUCGACUUCUCUCCUCACCUCGUCUAAUUUUAUUAGGAAUGUUUCUUAUUAUUCCCCAUUUAAAUCCUUAAAAAUAAAAUUACUUUUAUUUUGAGAAAUAAAUAAAUGUAGUCGAUUGAUUGCCUUGUCAUGACUAUAAGGAGUGUAAUUCACUCAUUCCAAACCUUACUAUAUCGAUGAUAUAUUUAAAAGUGUUUUGUAUCAGUAUCAUCUUGCAUGAUUGCUGUAAAAUAACUCGUCCGUCCAAAGAACGUCCAUUGUUUUCUAUUGACUUUUAUUGCCUUUCGGCGUUAAUAUAGAGUCGCAUUCUUAAGUUCUUCGGCCACGUCUCCCGGCGCGAGAGUGAGUGCAUUCAGCGCCUUGUCGUUCAGGGCAAAGUGGAGGGCAGCAGAUGGUCGCCCAUGCGAUGGACCACCAAAUUAAGUCUUCUGUGGGCAGGCCAGCAGGAAAAAUUGGCGAAGUCUCGUGGGGCGAAUCACAUCUGCCCCAAAAGAUUUCACUUCGUGAUGACCACGACCGCUCUGUCAAGAGUGUAACGAUGAAGAAGAAGAAUUGACUUUUCUUUUCUUUCCUUGGCAAAUCAUCGAAUGGAAACACCCUUUGGACAGAUUGUUUACUUUUCUAUUCUGAGCGACACUUACCACUAGGGGACCAACUCGUUCGACUCAUCAUUCCUUUAUCCUAUAAUCUUUAAAAUAAAUUACGGGUUGAACUCCGGGAGUGCCGGCAGAAGUGAAAACUGAAUUGCUUUAUUUAUCAGUAUAAAAGUACUAAUGCAAUAUUUAUUUAUUGCGCAUUAACGUACACAAAACUGGCAAUUUAUUUAACAUAAAAAAAUUUAAACUGUAGAACGUAGAAAAAAGUUUAUCUCUCAGAAAAAUCAACUUUCAUCCAUAAUUAACUUUAAAAAUAUUUCACGGCUGAGAUGCGAUCCCUCGACCUCGCGGCGACCUCGGCUUCUCAAUUACAAUGAUUCAACCACUGGUCCAAUGACCAUAUUAUGAUCAUUAAAUUUCAAUGGCAAACUAUAAUUAGUUAGAAGUAUAAAUCUUUCAUCCAGGACUAUAAUUCGUUAGAAGUAUAAUAAUUUCAACGACUGUCUUACGAAUUUUUGAUCAGGCCACGUGUCCAGACGCGAGUUUUACAUUUUAUACCCAUCCCAAGAUUUUCACUUUAAAAACAUGUCCCCAAGAUAGAAGUGAAAACUUCAUUGAGGCGAGGUUAAUGAUACAAAAUACAAGAAUGCUUAACAAACGACUCCCCGUUAGUGGACUUGAGCCGAGAUCAGAGUUGAAAUACGACAAAAUAAAGUGCUCCGCGCCAAAAGAAAAUAUUUUAAUUAGAAGAAUACGAAAAGCUUUUGCUAUCAAAACUUUAACACCAACCUAUUACUGAUUAUUCUAAAGUACUUGUACUGUGUGCCAAAGAGUUCUGUUCGGAAUUAAAAAUAUUUUUAAAUUUUCUUGCUGGCCAAUUCAUAAAACUUUUAGUUUGACCCAAGCACAGAGUUGUUAUUCAAGUAAUCGUUUAUUUCGCAGAUUACGAUUGUUGUAAGCAUAAUAUUAUCAAUGCAUUGAUUGUACUAUUUUUUUUGUAUAUUAUAUUGUUUUUAUUUAUACCUCCUAAUAAAGUAUGAAUAUCAAUAAUAAUACUAUAUGUAUGGUAGUCAGUAUCUUUAACAAAUAAUUGAGUGUAUUUUUUUUUCAGUUGCGAAUCUCCCAUGUUCUAGAAAUUUCUCAGCAACCAACAAGUAGGGUGCUCAUCUCCAAAAGAUGACUGAAAUUAGUAAAACAUCUCGUCAAACCCUAUUGUUUCAACAAGUGCUCGUGCAGUAUUAUAUCUGAAAGUUUCUAUAUCAAAAGAAAGUGCCUAUGAUUCUCGCUUUUCUUUCAUUAUCUACGUUUGUAAAAUCCUUUUUCAUUCAGUUUCCCGAUACUAGCCGAUAGGUUUAAGAUAUUGAUCAAUAAUGUUUGGAAUUUAUAACAACAAAUAAUAUAAUUGAAUGUUAUAAUUAUUGUAUAGUCAACUUUUCGUGUAAAUAUAAUAAGUUAUGUAAAAUG